CCUACAAGGCGCAAAGAUUUUACAAAAUUUAAUUGUGUACAGUUUGGAUUUUUUGUGAUAGAUAAUAAUAACGACAUUAUUUUUUGUCAUCUUGAAAAUAUUUUGUUUCAAUUGAUUAUUAAAUUUGAUUUAAUUAUUUGACAAAUUUCACUUUUGUAUCAAAAAAAUAGAGCAAUGUUUAAUCAAAGUAGUACACUAGGUAGUACAACAACUAGUACUGCUAAUCCAAUGAACGAUUUCGAGGUUGUUUCGCCUCCAGAUGAUUCAGUAUCCAGUUUAGCUUUUAGUCCAGCAUCAAUUCAGCAAAAUUUUUUGGUUGCCGGUUCAUGGGAUUGUAAUGUAAGAUGCUGGGAAGUUGAACAGUCAGGCAAGACAAUACCAAAAUCUAUGCAAACCAUGGGUGGGCCUAUUCUAGAUGUCUGCUGGCAUGAUGAUGGAACUAAAGUGUUCAUGGCAUCAUGUGAUAAAAUGGUUAAAUGUUGGGAUUUAGCUUCGAAUCAAAGUUUACAAGUUGCAGCACAUGAUGCUCCAGUGAAAACAUGCCAUUGGAUAAAAGGCUCCAAUUACUCUUGCCUUAUGACUGGAUCUUGGGAUAAAACAUUAAAGUUUUGGGAUACAAGAAGUCCAAAUCCUAUGCUAGUUAUUAAUUUACCGGAACGAUGUUAUUGUGCAGACGUCGAUUAUCCUAUGGCUGUCGUAGGAACGGCAGGUCGAGGACUUAUAAUUUAUCAAUUGGAAGGAACUCCACAAGAAUUCAAACGCGUUGAUUCACCGUUAAAGUAUCAGCAUCGUUGUGUAGCGAUUUUCAAAGAUAAAAAGAAAGUUCCCAAUGGAUACGCCUUAGGGAGUGUUGAGGGUCGAGUUGCUAUCCAGUAUGUUAGUCCUGCUAAUCCUAAAGAAAACUUUACUUUCAAAUGUCAUCGACUCAAUGGAACACCUAGUGGCUAUCAGGAUAUUUACGCAGUUAAUGAUAUAGCUUUUCACCCUGUUCAUGGAACUCUUGCAACAGUUGGAAGUGAUGGAACUUUUAGCUUCUGGGAUAAAGAUGCUCGAACAAAACUUAAACCUUCAGAACCUAUGGAACAACCAAUUACACGCUGUUGUUUUAAUCAUAAUGGACAGAUAUUUGCAUAUGCUGUUUCAUAUGAUUGGUCUAAAGGACACGAGUAUUAUAAUCCUAUGAAAAAGAAUUAUAUUUUCUUAAGAUCUUGUUAUGAUGAAUUGAAACCAAGAAGUACAUCGUGAUAAAAUAAUUGAAUUUUUUGUAUUAUUAUUCUUAUCUUAAUAUAUAAAGUGGAUGACUAUUAUUCCAUCAUAAUCAAUUUAUCGAAAAAAAUUAUCUUGAUUACUGUUUUAAUAUUAAAAUAAUAAUGAUAGAAAAUAAAAAAAGCA